ACGAGCUUAAAAAUAAAUUUUAAUUUUCAUAAAAAAUCUAAAUUGUUUACAUUUAUUCUAAGAUUGUGCGUACAUGUACACGUAAUUAUUUCAACGUGUUUUGAAUAAUCUACUGGUUUCGAUUGUGGGAUAGGUGGCGGUGUACGUUGAAUUCAAAAUUUUUCUUUAGAGUUUUCUAUCUUGAAUAUAUACUCCGAUGCGAUGCGGUUGUUUACUAUUGGUGUACAAGAUCGGCGGACUUUUUUCACGCAUGCGUCGCGUAAGUGAUCUCAGCGAAGUAGGUGUACGAUUAAAAAGGUGUACCUUUAACGUAUAGUUCUAUAACAAAUUUUUACGAUUCAAAAGAGUACAUACAAUAUACAUGCGCGUAAAUAUUAAUAUUGAUCUACGAAAAAUUUUUAAAUCGUUCGAUUUGUUUUGAAUUUGUUCAUUCGCACUCGUAGUAUUACCGCGUUACGUUCGCUGGAUAAUAGAUACGCCGUUGCGAUCGGUCGCGCAUGCACAAAAUAAUACGGCUCGUUACGAAACAGUGUUUGCUGCAGCCAAUCAGAAGGAAACGAAUAAAUUCGUUAUUUUGAAAUUGGUGUUGGCACGAACGACAUUGUAGAAUUUGUAAAUAUAUAAUUUGUUUUCAAAGUAAGUCCGUUAUUUACUAAUAUCGAAGCUAAGUAAAUUAUACUGCUACAGAGGAAAAAUGUCUGCUUGCAUAGACUGAUUUUGAAUUGUGAAAAUCGAGUUUUAAGCCAUCUAGAUUUAAAGGGUUGCAUUUUGUUAUAUGCAGUUAUUAUUUAUAUUAUUUCAGCGAUGCUAAAGAACGAAAAAACUACUCUUCAAACACGAGUAACUGCACAAAUGGAAAAUAAUCUUAAACAGUUAAAAAUAUCAAAAGUCAAUCCUGCAUUAUCUGAAAAUGUAUUCAAAAUCAAGGAAAAUUUGAGUACCGUGAAAGAUGAUCAGUCUAAUACUUAUUUGACCGGUUGUACCAAAUACAAAGAAAAUAAGGAACAAAUAUCUACAGAACUAAUUAUGUCUGCAUCUUCUGAAACGGUAGAAUCUAAACAAAAUAAAAUUGAUGACGAAGGUGAUAAGGAAAAUGCUUGUACAAAGAAGAUAGACACUGACAAAAAUAACGAAAAAAAUAAAAAUCAAAAUGAUAAAAAAUGGGUAUUAACUGACUUUGAUAUUGGUCGUCCUUUAGGAAAAGGAAAAUUUGGAAAUGUUUAUUUAGCUAGAGAAAAAAAAUCAAAAUUUAUUAUCGCUAUGAAAGUAUUAUUUAAAGCACAGAUACAGAAAGCGGAUGUAGAACACCAAGUUAGAAGGGAAAUAGAAAUUCAAACGCAUUUAAGGCAUCCAAAUAUUUUAAAAAUGUACGGAUACUUUCACGACGAUAAAAGAAUAUAUUUAAUUUUGGAGUAUGCCCCAAAUGGCGAAUUAUUCAAAGAAUUAAAUGCCCAACCUGAGAAACGUUUCGACGAAGUCAGGACAGCAACGUAUAUAUCUCAAUUGGCGGAUGCUUUGAAAUAUUGUCACAGUAAAAAAGUGAUACAUCGUGAUAUUAAACCUGAAAAUUUGUUACUUGGAAUAAAGGGUGAAUUGAAAAUGGCAGAUUUUGGAUGGUCCGUUCAUGCACCUUCUUCCAGAAGAAAUACUCUGUGUGGUACUUUAGACUAUUUACCACCCGAAAUGGUGGCUGGAAAAACGCACGAUCACACGGUAGAUUUAUGGGGACUCGGUGUUCUAUGUUACGAAUGUCUGGUCGGUAGUCCUCCGUUCUUAGCUAAAACUUACGAAGAAACGUAUACGAAAAUUAAGAAAGCGAAAUACAAAUUUCCAGACUUUGUUAGCGAUGGUGCUAGAAAUCUAAUAUCUCAGUUACUAGUAGUUGAUCCAAACAAAAGGUUACCUUUAGAGGAUGUUCUGAAACAUCCCUGGAUUGUUCAAAAUCGAACAACGAAACCACAUGUACAGUGACAAAAUAAUUCAUUUAUAUCGUAAAGUAAAUGUUAUAUCAUCGAUUUUAUAAAGCAACGACGUUUCGUUAGAAUAAUAAACAUAUAAAAUAAAAAAAAGGGGGGCGGGGGGAAGAAGAAAAAGAAAAAUAGAAAAAAAAAUUAUAGUCGUUUUUUACAUCGUUCAUAUCAUCCUAUUAUAUAUAAAACAAUUUAGACUGGAUCUGGAUUUUAUGACUUGUAUUUUAUUAUACAGAUAAUUAUUGUUCAAUGGAUAUUAAGUUUUUUAAACGUAGCCUUAACGUGAUCGAAAGUUGAAAUUUAUUAUAUCGUAUAGUUAUUAUAAAGUCAAGUUUUCAUUUAUUUUUUACGACCUAACUUAUUUGAAUUAAUUUAAAAUAUGGACGGUGCAGGUGUUUCAUAGUUAUUUUACUAAUUAUCAAGGUUUGGAGCAGAAAUGUGUGCUGUAUUAGAAAAUUGUGUAUAUAUUAAGUAUUUUUUAAUGUUAAUAAAACAUUUAUAAAUGAUAAAUGAUGAAUUAUACAUUUGCGCGAUUAAAGACCUGCGUUAUAUAGUAAAUGUACGUGUAUAACUUAAUGUAAACGAAAUAACAGAAAAUUUUUAUAAACGGAUAAAAAGUAACUAUGCUAUAUUUGUUGGCAAGGAUUAAUAUCGAUAUACGAAUACAUCUAAUUCGCGUUAGAAAAAGAACUAUAGUUUUAUUAUAUGUAAUUUGCACAUGAAACUAGUGUGACUUGAUUAGGAAUUAUUUAAAUUACACGACGACAAUACAUUCAACGUAAAUUUUAUUUAACUUUAUAAAAAUGUUAUAAACAUAUAUCUCUAUGGAAAAGUUACUAAAACAAUUUUGAUAUUUCAGAUUAUUUAAUUGUUCAAAUAUAAGAAUCAACUGAAAUUUUAGCGUUUAGUUUUCGAAA